AUGUCUGAGGUGACUGUGGAGAGGUAUAGUGUGGACAUUUGCCUGGUGGAUGCUGUCCUCUACAUCUCCAACAUUGAACUGGGAUUUUCUCAGCAGAUGUUAAAAGAGGAGUUGAAGAAGUUAAAGGAGUUAUUGGAGCAGAAUCUGAUGGCAGGGAUGAAUUUGGACAAAGGCAUCUUUGUCAAAAAGGUGAAACCCAGACCUUCUCCUGAAAUGGAAACCGGCGAGCUCAUCUCAACAGACAGAGGUACAGUCGUCAGAUUAAAGGUGACACAAGAAAACGGUAUUGUUGUUGAUGGACAGGAGACCGAAGGACAAAAUCUAAAUGCAGUUCUUAAAGGAUAUUUGAAAUUGCAACCAAAGGCAUUGGGGACUGUCCAGGUAAUGACUGGAGUGGUGGUCUUCUUUCUUGGUGUUCUCCUCACCAUCAAUGACUACAAUUACCCUGCUAUUCUGGUCUAUAGUGGCAUCACCUACUGGGGGUCUUGCAUUUUCAUCAUUGCUGGAUCUCUGUCUGUUGCUGCGCAGGAUAAACUUCAUCCUUCUGUGGUCAAAGCCUCUCUUGGAAUAAAUGUGUUCAGUGCCAUAACUGCAGGACUCGCCAUUCUUCUGAUGUCCAUACAGUUAGCAGUAAUAUCAAUGAUGGAUCCAAGUUUAUAUGCUGAGUAUUUUAGUUUGCGGAUCGUUGGAGUAAUGCUGGUGUUCACCAUUCCUCAGUUCAUCAUCUCCAUCUGUGUCUCAGCAUUUGCCUGCAAAGCCUCCUGUAACACACACUCUACACUGGUCAAUGUGGCACUAAACUAG